CCCGGUCCGGUCUCUGUAGGUACACUCUCCCACACAUGCAGGCGAUAUAGAACAAUCUAGCGACGACGGCAGACGACAGACGGGGAGCCGAAAAAAAUUUGUGUAAUCGCGUUUUUCGUGUGUUGUUGGCUGCGCCGUUCGUCGUCCGUGGUGUUGUUAGCGAAAAUAAGUGAAAAUAGCCGUGCGGAAAACAAAACUAAUCCGGAAUUAGUUUACCCCGGUUUCCGGUGCGCGUUUCCGCUGUUGUAUUCGUUGUUUGGUUCUGUCGAUUCGCUUCUGGUUCUAGGUUUCGUGGUUCUUCCAAGUGCGAGAAAGUAAUCGCCCGAGUUCGAAGGCCUUCCGUGCAUCGUCUCUACUAAGGUGACAAGUGAAGCAAAAAAAAAGUUUAAUCGGUGACUAUUGGUUUCGGGUGCAGUUUGCGUUUUUCGGCUCGAGUUUUGUGUAUUUUUCCCUGCGACUAGCCUUAGAGCGGAAGCAUUUCGUGCAAUUUUGCCCAUAAUUAGUUGCGGAAUUGCGCAAUUCUGUGUGUCGUUGUUUGUCGCCCUAGCCCCUUGUAGGCCACUGCUGCUGUGAGUGAAGCUGAUUUAUAGACGAAAAAUCCUUAUUUUUUGCAACUCAGCUGCAGACAAGAGCGAAGAAGAGUGGUGGAACUCUCUUUUUGCAGGUAAAAGUGCAGCGCCGCCUAACUUUCAUUCGUUUCGUAUAGUCGCGCUUCUGAUCAUGUGUAUUGGUGAGUGGUAAAUUCGCGUUUUGUUUUUACUCGGGUCUACAUUCAGCAAACUUUAAAAUUAGUGAUACUAUACACUAUCAAUGAAUGUUGUGUAAAUAAAAGUUACCCUUCGAAAAUCGUAGUGUAUCGCAAAUAAUAAGAAAAGUGCUAUUUCCUCCUGCUUUCGAAAAAAAAAAAUCGAACCAAUUUCCGCAGACUGAUUAGUGCCUUUUGAUAGUGCAAAAACGCAUUUCAAUCAUACAGUCAGUACAGUGAGUGUGGUGGUGAGGAAAAGCGACACGAACGAUAGCUGUCAGUCGGUUUCGGCGCCGUCAGUGAAGAACUAAAACAACAUCAACAACAGCAGCAGCAGCAUCAUCACCAUAAACAACAUCAACAUGCAACAGCCACGCUACAGUCCAGCUCCUCCGCCACCGGCAGGGAUGCGUCCCCAGAUGCCACCCAGACAUCAGGCCAUUCCCAAUACCUCAUCGGUAGCAUCUCUUCUCAACACAAAGAUGGGCAAUAAAUUCACCAUUCUGGUUCUGCUGAUCGCCCUCGGAGUGGCCCAUGGAGCAGUCAAACUUCGGAGGAACAAUUUCGUGCUCAGCCUCGGCGGAGGAGGUGGCUUACCAGGCCUAGGAGGAUUUUCGCCUGCUGGACUUGGUGGAAAACAGUUCCGUCCGACAAACAUCCAAUACUCUCCCGGAUCGGUUGGAGAUUACAAACAUAACGCACCUCAUCACCACCAGCACCAUCAUGAGGAAUCGGACUACGACGAUGAUUACGAUCAUCACGAGGGAGGAAAGCCCGAAGUGCAUCAUCAUCAUCACUAUUAUGGCCAGUCUGGGCCGGUUGGUGGUCACGCAGGGGGCUUCAAUCCGGGUUUCAAUGAUCUGGGAUCGGGAUUUGAGUAUGGGAGGUAAGUUUUCGGGAAGAGAAGCAGUGGAUAGAAGGAUUGAAAAUAAAUGAUACAAUGUAAUAAAUCUGCUUUGAAUAUACAAAGUGUUAUAUCACCGACGAGCCGACGUGACAGCUAGAACAAACAAAUUUGAAUUUGUUGUCCUCAGCGCCAUGAUGAAAAAUAGCCGAACACUACCGCCACCUCUAUAACGGUUCGCGUUGAUUCGAUAGCUUGACCUCAAACUCCCGUGUGUUCAUAUAGGAAAAGGUUCGCAUCUGCGCAGAUUUGACAGAAGCGUUCGCUCGCCUCGCUGGUCGACAGUUCAAUUUAGAGAGGACACUUUUGAAACACUACUGUCACGUCGGUUCGUCGGUGGUUGAUCUUGGCAACUUGUAUGUUACUUAUAAAGCUUCAACCACACCCUUAAAUCUACGUUCAAUCUCUACUGAAUCUGAUCCUUAGCUUAUUGUCCCCAGUCCUCCUGAACGUUAAGUGCCCUGGGUACUUCCGAACUGGCAGUGCGAUGUCGAUGUUCAUGUAUGUCACUCCCAACAAACAUUUUGGCUGUAUGAAAGUUCAACAAAAACUCUUAAGCAAACUUCAGCUACUUCUGUUUCUUGCGACGGCGUCGCUGACUGUUUGUUUUGUUGCAUAAUAAUUUCUCCUGUCGUUCCUACAGAAUCCGUGUGACGUGACUGUUAUAACGUUUUUGUGCAGUUUGGGAAAACUAAUCCUCGGAAGUGUAUGGACUGACAAAAUGAGUGAAAUUAGAAGAACUGAAAGCAGAUGCGUCAGGUCUAUAUGUAUGUACGUAUGAAAUAUAUGAGAACUUGUACAUUUGUGUGUAACGUGUGUACACGCAGAAAAAAAAUAUUGUAAAGUCUAAAGAAUUCCGCAUAUAAUCAACGAAUAUUAUUGUGUAGACUCAGGGCUUACCAGCAAUAUUUUUUAUUUCGACAAAUGCGUUCAUUCAUUCCAAAAACUAAUUUUGUUGUUUCUAAAAAUGCAUGGAAAGACAUCUGUCAAAGACAAAUAGGAAAUAUUGUUGAAACUAAAAAUGACUUUUUUCGAAUCAACAAAAAUCAUAUAUUGAUGUGAAUAGUGUAGGAUUUUGAAACAACAAAUUUUUGUUGUUGAACUUGAGAUUUAUUUAUUAUUGCUUUGUUUAUUGAAUCAACGCAUAAAAAGUUUCAUGUUUACGAUUUAUUUAAUAUUCGCUAAUAUGUAACACGUAAUUUUGAAGGCGAUGAGAUCCGUUCCAAUAAACUUGACGAGGAAUAAGUUUAUUUGAUCUUUACCAUUUCGAUUUAUUCUGGAUGAGAAGCAACCUUAAAAAAUAAAUUUAAGAUUUUGUACAUUCGCAUCAGAUGUUCAUGAAUUACCUGCUGCUUCAGUCAUGAUGCUAAAAUUGGUUCGUUCCACCCAGGAUAGCAGAUAUAUAGUUUUACCAGCUUUUAUUGAUGCCUAAAUGUUUUGCAAAAAUAUUCAUUUAUGUAAAUUGUACUUCAUUAGAAAAGCAUGAUAAACUUACCCUAAAAACUUCUGAUAUUUUGAUAAAAGUCGCACUUUAAAUCACAAGGUCUUAAAGAAUAUGCUCCCAGAAGCCACGGACUUCGUUUCACAUUAUUAAUAUUGACUUGUCUUGUAAACAAAUUGAUGACAGUUGUAGUUAAACUAUUCAACAUUGUUGAAUCUAUUAAAACUGCAUCAUUGAAACAACAAAUUUAAUCAGUUGAAACUCGAUCGGAGAUGCAAUGUUUUAUUCUAUUCGAAAUUUUGUUAUUUCAACAAUAAAGCUGCAUUGAAGCAAACAUAUGGGUGGGUUAAUUCAAAGUGUACUAAAAUGGUUGAUUCAAAACAUCGGAUUUUUAAGUUCUACUAAGCAAUAUUUUUCUGCGUGUAAUAACACAGCGCAACAUUUUUUUUGUCUCAAGAGCAAACUUACAGAUUUUGGGCCGCUGAAUCCGAAUCUGGGCUCAGAUUUGCUCUAGCACGUCACAAUUUUGAGCUAUACUCCAUUUUAUAGGGCAAAAUAUGCGAUUUUGGGCUUUUUUGACUGCUAGUCAUUACGUAUGGAAAUAUAUUUUUCAAGCAAUCAAAUGAUAAAUUGGUCAAUUCACAUCUCAAUUAAUGUCUCAUACAAAAUAUUUCGUUUGACCAAAGCAAAUUUGAUAGAUUUAAGCAUUUUAUGUGAGUAUGUAAACUUGCGUGCAACUUUUGGAAAUAUCGUACCGAACAAAAAUCGCUUAAAACUAUCAAAUUCGAUUUGGUAAAACGAAAUAUUUUGCAGGAGUCGUUAAUUCAGCUGUUAAUUGACCAAUUUAACCUUUGAUUGGUUAAAAAAUAUAUUUUCGUGCUUAAAAAAUCGCAUAUUUUGCCCUAUAAAUUAAGGUAUAGUUGAAAAUUGUGCGUGCUGGAGCAAAUCUGAGCUCAGAUUCGGAUUCAGCGGCCCAAAAUCUGUCAGAGACCAGAGACACAUAAGUUUUCUUUUGAGACACAGUUUUUUUUGAACGCGUGGGGGGAAUAUGUGAAUUUCAGUAAACUAGCACCAGUUUUGGUUCCGUGUCAAGUAUAAAAUCGAUCUUCUUAACCGGAAUCGGAAAAUUACCGGUCGAAAUUUUUGUGAGCAGGGUACGCAGAAACAGAUCUUGCCGAAGAACAAACGCUUUGUCAAAAGCGGUGCAUCUUGGCAACAAAGGCGCUCCGGAACAAAUGCAUAUCGGACGAUGAAGGCAAUAAAACAAGCAUCGCUGAUCGUGCGUGUGUCGAUAUUUCAGGUUUUUUGCCGAAAUGUUCGACUCCCACCAAUGAAUUCAUGAACAUUUAGACGUAAUAAGACUAUUGUAUACCGCACAGUCAAGUUUCAGUUGUAUUGCGUAUUUCCCACCCCACUG